AUGGGCGAGGUCCCUCCCGCCCUCUCCCCACUCGACGCCCUACCGCUGCCGGUUUUGCGUGACGCGCCGAUGGAGGAGAGUAAGAAAAUAAGCGAAGUCUCCCAAGAAGACAGCGUGACCGAAGUGGAAGACCUUGGCAAUCCUCUCCAGUCGGACCAACUACUUACUUACGGCAAUAUCGUUGUGACGGACUUCAGUAUGGCAGGAACAUUUAAUGCGAAGAAUAAACCAACUAAAGCCAUGGAGCGGGGUUCAAACAACCGGGAAUACAUCGCAUUAUUCAACCUUGCGCAGGCGGACCAGCACGGAAAAUUGCGGGGCGUCUGCUUGGAGAAUUCUGAGAGCCUUCUGCCCUACACCGGCCCUGAACUUCUCAAAUACGAUGACAUGUAUACAGGCCCGUGGGUUGAUGUGUGGAGUUGCGGAAUAAUCUUGUAUGCGAUGCUAUGCGGAUCCCUUCCCUUUUACGACGAUUUAAUGAAUCCAAUGGGCGACAAUAUCAUUAUGCUACAAAAUUACAUCAACCUAACGCCUCUGACCUUUCCAAGCUAUGUCACGUCUUCUGCUAGAAAGCUUAUCUCGGCAAUGCUAGAACCGGAGCUUCGCAAACGUAUAGGUGUUCGCGGGAUGCAGGUUGGCCCUUGGCACUAUGGUUAUUAAACCGGCCAAUCCUCAAUCGGAUUGACGGUCGGUUUGUUUGUAUCACUUGUAGUUAGUCCAAUCGGAUUAAGCCUACAGC